GGCGCUCCCGGCGAGAGGUGUCCGCUCCAUGCGUGCGGGCCGAGACCGGCCCCUGCGAGCCGCCGACAUGAAGAAAGACGUGCGGAUCCUGCUGGUGGGAGAACCUAGAGUUGGGAAGACAUCACUGAUUAUGUCUCUGGUCAGUGAAGAAUUCCCAGAAGAGGUUCCUCCCCGGGCAGAAGAAAUUACCAUUCCAGCUGAUGUCACCCCUGAGAGAGUUCCAACACACAUCGUAGAUUACUCAGAAGCAGAACAGAGUGAUGAACAGCUUCAUCAAGAGAUAUCGCAGGCUAAUGUGAUCUGCAUAGUUUAUGCUGUUAACAACAAGCAUUCUAUCGAUAAGGUAACAAGUCGAUGGAUUCCUCUCAUAAAUGAAAGAACAGACAAAGACAGCAGGCUGCCUUUGAUUUUGGUUGGGAACAAAUCUGAUCUGGUAGAAUACAGUAGUAUGGAGACCAUCCUUCCCAUUAUGAACCAGUACACAGAAAUUGAAACCUGUGUGGAGUGUUCAGCAAAAAACCUGAAGAACAUAUCAGAGCUCUUUUAUUAUGCGCAGAAAGCUGUUCUUCAUCCUACAGGGCCCCUGUACUGCCCAGAGGAGAAAGAGAUGAAACCAGCCUGUAUAAAAGCCCUCACCCGCAUAUUUAAGAUAUCUGAUCAAGAUAAUGAUGGCACUCUCAAUGAUGCCGAACUCAACUUCUUCCAGAGAAUUUGUUUCAAUACUCCGUUAGCUCCCCAAGCUCUGGAAGAUGUCAAGAAUGUAGUCCGAAAACAUAUAAGUGAUGGUGUGGCUGACAGUGGAUUGACAUUGAAAGGUUUUCUUUUUUUACAUACACUUUUUAUCCAGAGAGGGAGACAUGAAACUACUUGGACUGUGCUUCGACGAUUUGGUUAUGAUGAUGAUCUGGAUUUGACACCCGAGUAUUUAUUCCCCUUGCUAAAAAUACCUCCUGAUUGCACUACUGAAUUAAAUCAUCAUGCAUAUUUGUUUCUGCAGAGCACCUUUGACAAGCACGAUUUGGAUAGAGACUGUGCUUUGUCACCUGAUGAGCUUAAAGAUUUGUUUAAAGUUUUCCCUUACAUACCGUGGGGGCCAGAUGUGAAUAACACAGUUUGUACAAAUGAAAGAGGCUGGAUAACUUACCAGGGAUUUCUUUCCCAGUGGACGCUCACGACCUACUUAGACGUCCAGCGAUGCCUAGAGUAUUUGGGCUAUCUAGGCUAUUCUAUAUUGACAGAGCAAGAGUCUCAGGCUUCCGCCAUUACAGUAACAAGAGAUAAAAAGAUAGACCUUCAGAAAAAACAGACUCAAAGAAAUGUGUUCAGAUGUAAUGUAAUUGGGAUGAAAAACUGUGGGAAGAGUGGCGUUCUUCAGGCUCUUCUUGGAAGAAACUUAAUGAGGCAGAAGAAGAUUCGCGAUGAUCAUAAAUCCUACUAUGCGAUCAACACUGUUUAUGUGUAUGGACAAGAGAAAUACUUGUUGUUACAUGAUAUCUCCGAAUCAGAAUUCCUAACUGAGGCUGAGAUUAUUUGUGAUGUUGUGUGCCUGGUAUAUGACGUCAGUAACCCCAAAUCCUUUGAAUACUGUGCUAGGAUUUUUAAGCAACACUUCAUGGACAGCAGAAUACCUUGCUUAAUCAUAGCUGCAAAGUCGGACCUGCAUGAAGUUAAACAAGACUAUAGUAUUUCACCUGCUGAUUUCUGCAGGAAACAUAAAAUGCCUCCACCACAAGCCUUCACUUGCAAUACUGCUGAUGCACCCAGUAAAGAUAUCUUUGUUAAACUGACAACGAUGGCCAUGUACCCAGAGGAUCAUUACAGAAACAGACUCUCCCGAGACAUGGGCAACACUGAUAGAAUAGAGAAUUUGAGAAAAAUCUGGGUCUUUCUAAAAACUGCUUUCCAUGCCCGGUUACGCUGUAUGUGCACCUGCAACAGGUGUACAUUUUGCAUCUGUCAGAACUUCCUCAACUCAGACUUGCUGCAAUCUGUAAAGAACAAAAUCUUCACUGCAGUUCUUAACAGGUUAAGAGCCCGGGUAGCUGAGUGGGGUGCCAUGCUGUUAGCAGACGACGAAGGCAGUAUUACUCACCAGGUGCACGCUGUCCUCUCUGUAGAAGAUUCCAUCUUCAUGGCGUCAUCUCAUGGUCCACUUUUUCUUGAAGCCAGGCACGUGACACAAGCUGACCUCAAGAGCUCCACGUUUUGGCUUCGAGCAAGUUUUGGUGCUACUGUUUUUGCAGUUUUGGGUUUUGCUAUGUACAAAGCAUUGUUGAAACAGCGAUGAUUUAAAAAAAAAAAUGCCCUACCAAAAACAAAUACUUUUAUGUAUUUAUGUAUGCUUUAAAUUCUGCUAGAAAUAUUGAGAUAUUUAUACAUGCAGAGUUACUUUAUUAAUAUUUGUAAUUCAUGCAUAAGAGUAUUUUAAUGAUAGUUAUAACUGCAGUAUUGGCUAGCAUAUGGAAAGAAAGAGCUUAACAGCCAAACUCAAAUGGCUAAAUUUCAGAGGCCAAAAGGGAAUAUUUUGUAAAUAAUGUACAUAUUCAGGCAAGAUACGGUCUCCCAACCUGAAUUCUAGAAAUGAUGUUUCUAGAUGUUUCUACGUGGUAUUGUUAGUGUUCGGUUGGCUCACUCUCCUAGGUCUAAGUCAGCUCUGAGAUUGUAUUUACUCAUGGAUCACUUAUUUAUUUCACAUUUUACUCAGAAUGAUCCUUUGGGUUCUUUAAAGAACACGAGGCACAAUUUGCCAUUUUCUCUCCAUUUUUAAGAACGGAGGAGUCCUGGUCAGCUCACACCUCUCUUUCAGUCACUUGUGGUAGGCCAGCCUCGAAGCCGUCGUGCAGUCUAGAAAGUUGCCUAGCUGAGUGAAGUGCUUCUUGAAGGAAGGAGGGAGUUAAAGGCAGUUAGUGGGGGCGUGACCUAUAUGAUUAUGUUGCUUCCUUUGUCUGUAUGUAGAAUUUUAUAGCCCUUUCAAUCAAAUGAGAAAAAAGAUUUGUAUAUUAUCAAUGUUUUUAGUUUAAAUAAACAGUCGCCAUUACUACUACUGAAUUUCCUCCCCCAGUGUAUGUCAUUCUCUAACGGCCGUGUCUAUGAUAGUGUCCUACAGUGGCUGCAUGUGUCGUAAAGUGUUCUCUAUCUGGCUAGGAUAACCCGGAGGCAGCACUUUUUUAAAUGAUAAAAUAAAUCCAACGAACAUAAACUCUCAUGAUAAACCUAUUUUUUUCCAUCAUCAACCUUUUCGAGUAUUUAAAUAAAUAACUGCUGUGUACCGUGA